CUUUAUUGUUUUCCCAUAGCAAUAAAGUUGUUUUUCUGCCUGCUCAUUGUUUGCACUCCUGAUAUCAAGGACCUAUAAAUCCCUCUUCUUUCUGACACAAACCCGCUAAUGACAUUUUCUGGAAAGCAACACAACACUGCUGUUUGGUUUUGUGAAGAUGUAUAUACAGUUUCUCAUCCUGGUUUUUUGGCUGAAUCUUCACACUCUAACGGCAUACAGGAAUGGACAGGUGACUCAGGCAUGCAUGUCUAUGUCUCCUGAUCAUGGGUUUAAUGCCUCUACAUUAGAACCUCCAUAUACUGUCACCUCAGAUGCCUCUAACUACACAGAUGGUCAGGUGAUCACAGUGACACUACACGCAAAUGAGACUGGAUUCAAGGGCUUUCUUCUUCAGGCCAGGGAUGAGAAGGGUCCAGUAGGAACUUUCACAGUCAUGGGAAGCAAUACUCAAUUACUCACCUGUGAAACCAAUGACUCAGCUGUCAGUCAUACUUCAGAUGAUGACAAAUCAAAUAUUGUGGUUCAGUGGAAAGCUCCCAACAGUAACAACACAGAUAUUUGGUUCAGGGCAACAUUUGUGCAGAAUUUCUCUAUCUUCUGGGUUGGUGUUCAAAGUGAUCCUGUUAGAUUCCUGGCGACAAAUCCUCCAAAUGUGACAGUCUCCCCACCCAACGCGACAGUCUUCCCAACCAACGGGACAGUCUUCCCAACCAACGGGACAGUCUUCCCAACCAACGCAACAGUCUCCCCAACCAACGCGACAGUCUCCCCAACCAACGCGACAGUCUCCCCAACCAACACGACAGUCUCGACACCCAACAGAACAACUAACGAUAGUCCAUCCAUUUCUCUCACAUGGUGUCUUUUUUUUCUUCCUCUGCUGGCAAUUAUUUAAAAAACUGGACAAAAUCCUUAGUCACAGUUUAUUUUUUAUAUAUAGACUUUUAGUUUAAUAUUAAAACAGAUUUAUAUAUUUGUUGAAGUACAAUGGGGCUAAAAAAAAAGCAAUUUUUCUGAUUUCAAAAUAUAUUAAAUAAUAUUUCAAUAAUAUACUGAUAUUGUAAUAUAAAUGUAAAAAAUUCUUUUGAUCAGCAGUGUAAUAGACACAUUGUACCCUACUGUCAUAUUUAUAUUUACUGUAUAUAACGAAGCUUGUAUCAAAUGUUAAGAUUAUCUAGACUGUUAAUUGUCAGUGUCCCAGUAGUGGAACAUGGUGAACUUUUUGCUGUUUUGCCUUUUUAUUAGUUUUUAGUUUUGUCUUCUAGUUUAGUUUUGCCUUUUAGAUAUUUUAAUAAUGAUCAUAAAUUAGGUAUCAUUUGAAAGUGUAAACACUCAAAACUCAUCCCAUGAAAACCUCAUCCUAAUUUUGAAAUUAGACAUUGCAUUACCAUGAAAACAAGCUCAAAUUUUGUGUUAUUAACUUCAAAUUUGGAACACACCUUAGUUAGACAUAUGGCUUUGAUUUUCUACCAAUUUGAGAGUCCAAAUUAUUUUGUAAUAUAUAUAUUGCAUAAAAUAAAAGUACAGUAUAUUUGCUUUACAGUAAACUUU